GGGUUGCAGAUCUCUUUAGCUCCUUGGGUACUUUCUCUAGCUCCUCCAUUGGGAGCCCAGUGAUCCAUCCAUUAGCUGACUGUGAGCAUCCACUUCUGUGUUUGCUAGGCCCCAGCAUAGUCUCACAUGAGACAGCUAUAUCUGGGUCCUUUCAGCAAAAUCUUGCUAGUGUAUGCAAUGGUGUCAGCGUUUGGAAGCUGAUUAUGGGGUGGAUCCCUGGAUAUGGCAGUCUCUACAUGAUCCAUCCUUUCAUCUCAGCUCCAAACUUUGUCUCUGUAACUCCUUCCAAGGAUGUUUUGUUCCCACUUCUAAGGAGGGGCAUAGUGUCCUCACUUCAGUCUUCAUUUUUCUUGAGUUUCAUGUGUUUAGGAAAUUGUAUCUUAUAUCUUGGGUAUCCUAGGUUUUGGGCUAAUAUCCACUUAUCAGUGAGUACAUAUUGUGUGAGUUCCUUUGUGAAUGUGUUACCUCACUCAGGAUGAUGCCCUCCAGGUCCAUCCAUUUGGCUAGGAAUUUCAUAAAUUCAUUCUUUUUCUUUAAUAAUCAACUAAUGGAUAGGAUUAUGAAAGAAAGCACACACACACACACACACACACCCUACAUCUGUGAUUAUUUAGUGUCAUUAAGAAACCAUUCUCACAAAACUAUAUUUGAGCAAGUUUUAUUAAGUUAAUUAAUAGCUGAUAGAAUAUAGUAAUUUAAUACUAAUUUUAAUGUAUACAGCCAUGUAAUCCUAACAUCAUUCAUAUAUGAGGCACCUUAAGUUUACUGAAGGCUCAUUGGUGUACAUUUUUUGCUACAGUCCUUACAACCUGUCUCUCCCAUUCUCUGAUCAGCAGUCUGCCAUUUGAUGCUUUCUUUCCUCAUGAACGUGUUUUCCAUUUCUCUUUUUUGUCAUAUAACACAAAUGAUCAUUUCUUGUUGUUGUGUCUGUCAGUUAAUUUUUUCACUUUUAAAUUUUAAGUUACAUAAAUCUGUUGUAAUUUAUAUGUCCAUACAACAAUAAAUGAAUAAUCAUUUUCUUUUUUGGCUAUCAUAAAUUGUACAUAUAAAUAAUUCUAUAUAAACCUUUAUGAUCAUGUACUUUUGUUUCUAUUAAGCGAAUUUAUAGCAAUGAAAUCACUCGGUGAAUAUUCAGUACAUCAUACGUCUGUAAUUUACUUUACAAAGAAACUGUUGAAAUGUUUUUCAUUAGAGACUGUACAAUUCCUUGUCCUGUCAACCCUUUCUGAGGAUUCUAGUCAUUCCAGUCUCUGCCCAAAAUUUGAUAACCAAAUUUAAAGUCUCCAUGCCUCAAUUUUUCUACUUUAUGCAUGAAAAUAUACUUUUUUUUUAACUUAGGACUCAGUUUCAAGUUUCUUACUUUAUUGUCUUUUAUAGAUCUAUGAGUGUCCUGGACUGCAGUUCUACCUCCAACUCAUCAUGUCAGAUGUGAAUACUACUUCAAAUUGGCCCACUUUUUCCUUCAUUGGUAUACCUGGUCUAGAGGCUGCACAUAUGUGGAUCUCCAUCCCCUUCUGUCUCCUGUACCUGGUAGCACUUGGGGGCAACUUUCUUCUCCUCCUUCUGGUUAGAGCGGAGCAGAAUCUUCAUGAACCCCAGUUCUAUUUUUUGGCCAUGCUAGCCCUCACUGAUCUUGGCCUCUCAUUGUCAACAAUGCCUAGUGUCUUGGCCAUCUUCUGGUUUGAUGUCCAUGAUGUCGGUCUGGAUGCCUGUCUGACACAAAUGUUCUUUAUUCACACACUGUCCUCUGUAGAGUCAGGUGUUCUGGUGGCCAUGGCUUUUGACCGCUUGGUUGCUAUCUGUGCUCCACUAACCUACACUAGAAUCCUGAAUCACCAGACUGUGCUCUGCCUCAGUGGAGCUGCCCUCAUACGAGGAGCCACUCUAUUGGCCCCUUUGCCAUUUUUCCUCAGGACGUUUCCUUUUUGUGGGGCCAAUAUCCUCUCACACUCCUAUUGUUAUUACCCAGAUAUGCUUAACUUGGCCUGCGGAGAUGUCACAUUCAGCAGUGUAUACGGAUUGGUCUGUGUACUCUGCACAUUUGCAGUGGACGUAAUCUUCAUCUUAGUAUCGUACAUGAAGAUCUUGGGAACUGUGAUGAAACUGGGGAUCCAAGAUCGAAACUGGAAAUCCCUGCAAACCUGUGUCUGUCACCUCUGCACAGUGCUGGUGUUUUACUUGCCACUCAUCAGCCUUGCAGUACUGCAUCGUUACACCCAGGAAACAUCUCCAAUUCUCUACACCACCAUGAGCAAUGCUUACCUCCUCAUGACCCCACUGCUAAACCCUCUGGUUUAUAGCCUCAAAUCCAGGCAGAUCCAAGCUGCCUUGCACAAGCGAUUUGGAGUGCAACGUGUUGUUGCUGGGGAAUGAGGUUUUUUCUAUGCAUGAAAAAUUGCAGUGAUCUUCAAAAUAUUAUUCAGGCUCUACUAAGUGCCAAAUAGUGUUCUAGACACCAUGAGUUCUAACAUUAAACAGUACUCAUUCCCUCAAAUAAGGAAAAUAAGGUACAAAAGAUCAGCAGAAAGCUUUAAAAAGAGAACAAAUAUGUUUGUGUUUGCUGACUAAUGAGCAUUUUUUGGUAUUAAUGAGGAAAAAUAGAAAUCUGAAUUCAAAAAUACUGAAUACUACCAUGACUAAGAAGUUGAGGGAUCUAACUCUGUGUCGUAUAUAAUUCAUGAAGAUCUAGCUACAGAGUAAAACGAAGGUAUCACACAAUUCUUGAUUUAAUGUUACUUAAGACAUUAAAAAUAAAUAAAAAUGGAUAAUAAGUAUAUGAUUGUAUUUUACAUAAUACCUGAUGACAACAUAAUAAUGAUCAAUAACACUAGAUAAAUGUACUCUCUGAAAAGAUGUUUAUAAAAAGUCCAAGAAGUGGUUAAUAAUAUUCAUUGAGAAUUGAUACUUUAAUCAGACCUUGUCAGUUUUCAAGUUAAAUGUGGGCAUCUACAUCUUGUCUUUCAAACAGAGAAGGAAAAACUCAAUUAUCUCUGAUGAUCAAUAAGCAUGCAACAGAAUAGCGAGGGCCUGACUCUGCUUUAAGAAACGUUUAAGACUGACCAUGUGGUAUUGGUCAGCCAUGAAAAUAUACAUACAAGUAAAAUUAUACAGACUGAGCAGGUUGUAUUAAGGAAAUAUAUAUAUGCAUGUACCAAUGUUGAAUGAAAAGGGAGGCUAUGACUUUGAAAAAGAGCAAGGAUGUGUACAUGGGAAAGCUUGUGAGAAGGAGAGGUAAGGAGGAAAUUAGGUAAUUAUAUUAUAACCUGAUAAAAGAAAAGAAGUAAUAAUCAUAAAAAGAAAGUUAAGUGAGUUUCUAAACAAUAGGUGAUCAUAAAAUGUUUACUAUUAUGUUUGACACAUUUAGUAGUUAUCAGAAAAAGAAGGCACAAUUGUCAUACAGUUUUCACUCUAGUACAAAGGUCAGGGCAAAGCUUGCAAUGGUGUAAUUGGUGGGCCUGGACUUGUUUUGACUUGGUAUGAGAGGGGGAGGGAAACAGUGAGAACAGGGGUCAAGAACUUCUGACAGAUGGGAAUCUCAUGACCAAAAUAUUAAAUGAUUGAAAAUGGUCCCAAUCCCAAAUGCAUUCCACAGCCUCUGCUCUGUCCGACACUUACUGGCUAGAGGCAGGUGUUUUAACUAGCCCUGAGUGAGGCUUUUUCUCUGGGAAGGAGAUUACUUGAAAAGCAUCAAAAACACAAAUGAAGGGAACGUCUGUCUGUUCCCAUCCCCUCCAGCCCAAGUACACUUCCAGAUUUCCAGAAAACUGACAUCAAUUUAAGUGAUUCUUGUCAGAGACCAUGGAAAAGGAAGUUUUAGAUGCUAUUUAUGUUGGGGGCAUACUAAUAAUUUUUAUAAUUUAGCCAUCAUAUGCCAUAAAAACAUUUUAAGAAAAGUUUCUGAAAUCUUUUUAAAUGUUUAUCAUCCUUUUACAUCUUUGAUAUUGAAAAUUAAUGAAUAUUUUAUGCCAUUAUAUAUUUGUAUUAGUAACUUCAUUUUAAAAGAAUUAUUUUCAUUUUAUGAUGAAUGUUUUUCUUCCAUAUAUGUCUAUGCACUACAUGAAUUUCUAGCCAGAAAAGGGUAUCCAGUCUCCAGAGAUUGGAGUUACAAAUGGUUGUGAGGUGCCACACAGGUGCUAGGAACUAAACCUGGAUCCUCUGCCACUGCAUCACAUGCUUUAAACACUAAUACCUUUCUUCAGUAACAAUAACUUGUAAUUAAUGUGACACAAAUUUAUUUAAACAUAUUAAAUCCAUGUGACUGCUCUCAAAUAAUUUGGGAUAUAGUGUACUCUAAAAUAACAAGCAAUUUUGAAAAACUUCAUAGUUGACACUAUUACUAUUAGCAAUUUACUGGGUGACCCUCAAGGGUAUAGAGUUUACCUAGGAUGCUGGAGGUUCUGGGUUGAUCACCAGCACCAUUGCAACAGGACAAAUGAACCGUUUUAUAACUGAUGUAGUUCAACACAUAAAACAUUGAUAUAUUUAGACAUUGUUCUUUGAAGAAAAUUCUGAAAAAAUAUAGCGGAAAAAAUAAUUUAAUUCUGAUUUCCAAUCAAGAAACUAAUUUAAUAAAUUAAAGGAAGCAAAUUCAUUAAAAAGUAAAAGCUAUAGCAAUACUGUCAUGUCUUGAUUUUAUUGAAAAUAUUUAACUCACAUUUUCAUUAUUGAGCAUAUUUUGUGUAAUUUCAAAGAAUUAUUUUAUAUUUAUCUUAAUUUUCUUUACUAUCUUUACCAAGAACAAGACUUGUUGAAAUACUUACAAAAUUUAUAAUAUCUGAUAUAAGAAUAUAUCUAAAGAAGAUGUUUUAAUUUUCAGAAUAAGUCUUGACUGUUAACUCUUGGUGUGAAAUUAACAAUUUAAUUAAAAAGAGUCCUUUUUUUUCUACGUGGAUAUUAUGUUUUAUCAGCAAGAUUUGUUGAAAAGAUCAGAAUUUACUCAUUUUGUUGUAUUUUUUAAAUAAAUCAUUCCAUUUGUUUGGCUAUUUAUUUAUUCUGUUCAUGUGGAGGUUAGAGGAUAACAAGCAGUUUUUGGUUUUUCCUUCCAGCAUUUGGAUCUCAGAAAUGGAACUCGUGCCCUCAGGAAGGAAGUGUCUUUGUCUGUUAAGCCAACUUGCCUAUCUUGAUAACCACAUUUUUU